UUAUAAUGCCUAUUACUUUUUAAAGUUGUUUUAUUUUCUUGGCUCUGUUAGUUCGCAUAGGAAAUUUUUGCCCUUAGGAUAUAUAGAAUUAAUGGUAUGAUUAAAGGUUAUGUUUUUGAAUAUCUGUGAACUUAGCUGAACGGUCUGUGAUCGGCUUUGCAAAUUCUGCAUGGUAUCAAUGUGUGUAGAUAAAGUUUGAGUCAAGAAGAGAAAUGCUUAAAGAAACAAUUUCAUACAGCUAUUUUCCACUGAAGCAAAUAGAAACACUGAGGAUAAAUUUGGAAAAUAAACUAGUUGUGGUGUCGGAUAAUGUUUUUCGAUUUUCAGUUUUCUACUUUUCUGUACUCCUUUGAGUGUGGUUUUGAAUAAUUUUGUGGAUAAGGAUGAAUCACAUGAAAACUAUGGGCUAUAUAUUCCAUUAAUUGACAUUUGUUCUUUGCGCGGACAUUAUUUUAGUAGAGAAUAUGCAAAGAUGCUAACAUAAUAUCGGUGAAGGUAUUUGAAAAAAAAAAAGAAAAGUUUAAAUUUUGCCCGAACAAGGAAACCCUGCCGAAAAUUUCGCAAAAUAAAGCUUGCUUAAUUAUUGAAGAUAGCGAAACAUACCAUAUGUAGCAAAUUAUAAUUUGCCGAAAUGAUAUAUUCCUAUUUUCCAGUCUUAGAAGACAGACAAAGUGAUUUAAUGGCUUUCCUGGAAACAAAAGGAUAUGAAUAGAUGCAUGCGAAGAUCAUGUUGUGAUUUCCUUAUAGAUUGCUUCAGUUAUUCCUCACACCGCUGCUUUGAUUAUGAAUUUGUGAGAUAUAACCUUGAAUACUAUAAUAGUUCUUGAUAUCUCAUAUAAAAAGGCUAGGGAUACUGAUAUUUGUAAGGUAUAAUCUGAUGCUUGCUUUGAAGAUAACGAAAAGCAUGUGUGAACUCUGGUUCUUGUUUCCUAUAUAUGCUUGUCCCUUAAAUAUCCUUUUAGUAGAAAGGUUCCUGACUCUACAUUGUUCAGAAUUCCAUAGUUAAAUAACCUCACGAAAGAAGGCUUAUCCUCAAUCAUGUUGUCAAGAUCGUGCAUAAGUUUAUUGGAAUUGGCAUCCGGGGACAUGCUGAAUUUCCCUCAAACUCCUAGAAAUCUUCCAAGGGUGAUGACUGUUGAGGGAAUCAUUUCUGAUAUAGAUGGCAAUGGAAGUAAUGAUGGAGAUUUAGAUGUUCCCACCCCUUGCAGAGAGAAGAAAAUUUUAGUGGCGAACUUUCUCCCUCUACAUGCACAGAAGGAUUCAAAUUCAGGGAAAUGGUGCUUCAGUUUUGAUGAGGAUUCACUUCUUCUGCAACUUAAGGAUGGUUUCCCCUCUGAUACCGAGGUUAUUUAUGUGGGAUCUCUGAAGGUUGAUGUAGAUGUGAGCGAACAAGAAGAAGUUUCUCAGAAACUGUUGGAGGAGUUUAAUUGUGUGCCAACAUUCCUUCCUCCUGAUCUUCAGAAGAAGUUUUAUCAUGGUUUUUGUAAGCAAUAUUUGUGGCCUCUUUUUCAUUACAUGCUGCCCAUGUGCCGAGAACAUGGCAACCAUUUUGAUCGGUUACUUUGGCAGGCCUAUGUUUCUGCUAAUAAAAUAUUUGCAGAUAAGGUCAUGGAGGUGAUCAGUCCAGAAGAUGAUUGUGUAUGGAUUCAUGACUAUCACCUUAUGAUUCUCCCUACUUUUCUGAGAAAGCGUUUUACUCGGGUUAAGCUUGGAUUUUUCCUCCAUAGCCCAUUCCCUUCAUCAGAAAUAUACAGGACUCUGCCUAUCAGAGAUGAAAUUCUGAGAGCACUGCUAAAUGCAGAUUUGAUUGGUUUUCAUACAUUUGAUUAUGCUCGCCACUUUCUGUCUUGUUGCAGUAGGAUGCUUGGCCUUGACUAUGAAUCUAAGAGGGGCUACAUUGGACUUGAGUAUUUUGGACGAACGGUGAACAUUAAAAUUUUGCCUGUUGGGAUCCACAUGGGUCGAAUUCAAUCUGCACUAAAUCAUCCAUCCUGUUCCGAGAAAGCUAAAGAGAUUCAAGAACAGUUCAUGGGGAAAAAACUGAUUCUAGGUGUCGAUGACAUGGACAUUUUUAAAGGCAUCAGUCUGAAGUUAUUGGCCUUUGAACAACUUCUGCUGCAGCACUCUGAGUUGCAGGGCAAAGUAGUCCUGGUUCAAAUUAUAAAUCCUGCAAGAAGCACUGGGAAAGAUGUUCAAGAAACAAAAAGAGAAACAUAUUCGACUACUAAAAGGAUAAACGAGAUUUUUGGUUUUCCAGGCUAUGAACCGGUUAUUUUAGUUGACCGUAAUGUUCCUCUACAUGAGAAGACUGCCUAUUAUUCUCUGGCAGAUUGCUUCAUUGUGAAUGCGGUCAGGGAUGGUAUGAACCUGAUGCCAUACAAGUAUAUUAUUUGUAGGCAGGGGAGUCAGAAAAUAGAUGAAGCUUUGGGAAUCCCUUCUGGUUCCCCUCGUACGAGUACUCUUGUUGUUUCUGAGUUCAUAGGUUGUUCGCCUUCUUUAAGUGGAGCAAUCAGGGUGAAUCCAUGGAAUAUUGAUGCUGUAGCUGAUGCACUCAAUGUGGCCAUCACAAUGCCUGAUUUAGAGAAGCAAUUGAGGCAUGAGAAGCACUAUAGAUAUGUUAGUUCACAUGAUGUACCCUAUUGGGCCCGCAGUUUCAUACAAGAUUUGGAACGGGCAUGCCAAGAUCAUUACAGUAAACGGUGUUGGGGAAUCGGUUUUGGUCUGAGUUUCAGAAUUUUGUCACUGUCUCCGAGUUUUAGAAAGCUUUCUAUUGACCAUAUUAUCUCUGCAUAUAAGAGGACUAAUAGAAGGGCAAUAUUUUUGGAUUACGAUGGAACAGUGGUACCACAAUCUUCUAUUGUUAAAACCCCCAGUCCUGAAGUCAUUUCUGUUCUGAACAGCCUUUGCAAUGAUCCCAAAAACACUGUUUUCAUAGUUAGUGGUCGGGGGCAGAACUCUCUGAGUGAUUGGUUUUCUCAAUGUGAGAAUCUGGGUAUAGCAGCUGAACAUGGAUAUUUCAUAAGGUGGAAUAAGAAAUCCAGUUGGGAAAUGAGUCCCUUAACUGCAGAUUUUGAAUGGAAAAGAAUUGCAGAACCUGUGAUGAAAUUAUAUACGGAGGCAACUGAUGGCUCCAACAUAGAAACCAAGGAGAGUGCCUUGGUAUGGCACCAUCAAGAUGCUGAUCCCGAUUUCGGAUCUUGCCAGGCCAUGGAGUUGUUAGAUCAUCUUGAAAAUGUCCUUGCAAACGAGCCUGUCGUUGUUAAGAGGGGCCAACAUAUUGUUGAAGUAAAGCCACAGGGAGUUACUAAAGGGUUAGUUGCAGAGAAAGUUCUUUCCAUCAUGAUCACAAAUGGGAAACCAGUGGAUUUUGUGAUGUGCAUUGGUGAUGAUAGAUCUGACGAGGACAUGUUUGAAAGCAUAGCUUCUAAUUCAUCUCUCCAUUCAGUUCCUGAGAUAUUCGCAUGCACUGUUGGCCAAAAACCUAGCAAAGCUCGGUACUAUCUGGAUGAUACUGCUGAUGUCCAAAUGUUGCUUCAAGGUCUAGCCGCAGUUUCAAGUCUCAAAUCAAGGUAUAAUGAAGAAACCCAAGUUUGUUUUGAGAAUGUUGUUUGAUAUACAAGCUUGGUGCUGUUUCUGCUUUCAAAAAGUGCCAGUAAAAAACACAUUGUUCUUAAGCACAGCUAUGUCGGAAAAAGUAUACUCGCUUUGGCAGUCUUCUCCUCAGGAUAUUGGUAAUACUACACAGGAAUCAAAAGAUUAAUUAUUGCAUUUGAUACUAACUUAUUCGUUGCUGGUGGAAGUUGGAUGGUGGUAAGCAGCUCUAGGUUCCCAUAGAGAGGAAGAUGAGCAUAAGGGAGUAUGGGAGAUUGGUCAUUUCAAUGAUGACAUGGUCCUUUUCACUUUGGGGACAGUCUUAGAAGGGAUUAACUUUCUUUUUUUUUUUUUUUUUUUUUGGGCGCUUUUCACAGGUUCAGUUUUAGCAAAAUACAAGGGCAUUGUUGGUUUGUAUAUUUUUGACUGGCUUUGGCUCUUACAUGAAAGUUCAUUCAUUGUUUUCUGAAAAAAUGGUAGUGUUAAUCUUCCCGAAAGUGUUGCUGGUGUGAUUCAUACUGCGUGUACUUCCUCCCCUUUAUCCAACUUGUUCCCCAAGUUGAGAUUGUAUAUGCAAGUUGCAUAAAUGUUAAACCAUCCAUUCUUUCCUUCA